UUAAAGACCCGGAAUAGAUCGAUGGACAGACAGAUAGAUAGAUAGAGAUAGAGAAUGGGGAGGUGGUGGCCAUCUCGCCUUCUUCUCGGGCUUCUCUGCGCCGUGGUUUCAGCCGGACUGGUGGGGCGGACCGAUGGAGGAGUCACGAGUUCUUUUGUCAGGAAGGCGGAGAAGGGCGUGGACAUGCCCAUCGACAGCGACGUUUUCAGCGUGCCGCCGGGCUACAACGCUCCGCAACAGGUACAUAUCACCCAAGGAAAUCAUGAUGGGUCUGCCAUGAUCCUUUCAUGGGUGACCGAGGAUGAACCUGGCUCCAGUAAGGUCCUUUAUGGGACUGACAAGGAUCAGCUUGACUUCUAUGCCGAAGGCAAAUACACUCGAUACAAAUUCUACAACUACACCUCAGGUUACAUCCAUCACUGCACUCUCAGGCACUUGAAGCAUGACACUAAAUACUACUAUGCUGUUGGGAUUGGGCACACGAUUAGGAAGUUCUGGUUCACUACCCCACCUGAAGUUGGACCAGAUGUUCCUUAUACUUUUGGCCUCAUUGGUGAUCUUGGGCAGUCUCAUGACUCAAAUGUUACACUAACUCAUUAUGAAUCCAACCCAAAGGCACAGACAGUGCUGUUUGUAGGGGACCUUUCUUAUGCUGAUACGUAUCCGAAUCAUGACAAUGUCAGAUGGGAUACAUGGGGCAGGUUUGUUGAGAGAAGCACCGCAUACCAACCUUGGAUUUGGACUGCAGGAAACCAUGAGAUUGACUUUGCUCCGGAGAUUGGUGAAACUGUACCAUUUAAGCCAUUCAGUCACAGAUAUCAUGUUCCCUAUAGAUCUUCUGGCAGCACAGCUCCUUUCUGGUACUCCAUCAAGCGGGCAUCAGCUUACAUAAUUGUAUUGGCAUCAUAUUCAGCAUAUGGUAAGUACACCCCUCAGUACCAGUGGCUUGAAGCAGAACUACCCAAAGUGAAUAGAAGUGAGACACCAUGGUUGAUUGUUCUAAUGCAUUCACCCUGGUACAACAGCUACAACUAUCACUACAUGGAAGGUGAAUCCAUGAGGGUGAUGUUUGAGCCAUGGUUUGUAAAGAACAAAGUUGAUGUUGUAUUUGCCGGCCAUGUUCAUGCCUAUGAACGCAGUCAUAGGGUAUCAAACAUCGCGUACAAUAUAGUGAAUGGAAAAUGCAAACCGGUACCGGAUGAAUCAGCUCCUGUGUACAUCACCAUUGGCGAUGGAGGAAAUCUUGAAGGGCUUGCUAAUAACAUGACAGAGCCGCAGCCUGACUACUCAGCUUUUAGAGAAGCCAGCUUCGGCCAUGCCAUCUUUGAGAUCAAGAAUCGAACCCAUGCCUACUAUACUUGGCACAGAAACCAGGAUGGAAAUGCGGUGGCUGCCGAUUCUAUGUGGUUUUACAAUAGGUAUUGGAAGAGUUGAUCAUUGAUUGCCAUCUUCAAGAACAACUUCUAGUUUCGAUUCGCAAUGCAGACCUUGUUAGAGACCUGUCUUUGUUCUCUUCUUGUUCUAUCUUGACUUUGGAUUUUGUAACAAAAAGACUCUUUUUCCGUCAGUUGGUAAAGUCAUUGCUCCUUGGCAAUUGCAGCAUGAUAUAAAUCUCGGUUUG